UGGUGGUGCAGCUGCCGCCGCCGCGCCGCCGCCGCCGCCGCUACUGUCGGGCUCCGCUCGGUUCUUCAGCGCCCGGUUCCCUCGGACCCCUCGCCGCUUCUAGACCUUGCUGCGGGCUCAGGUCUUGCCGGGAAAAUGUCUGAUGAAUUUUCGUUGGCAGAUGCGCUACCUGAACACUCCCCUGCCAAAACCUCUGCUGUGAGCAAUACAAAACCUGGCCAACCUCCUCAAGGUUGGCCCGGUUCCAACCCUUGGAAUAACCCAAGUGCUCCACCUUCUGUGCCAUCUGGACUCCCACCAAGUGCAACACCUUCCACUGUGCCUUACGGACCAGCACCAACAGGAAUGUAUCCCUCCGUGCCUCCCACUGGACCACCUCCAGGACCCCCAGCACCCUUUCCUCCUUCUGGACCAUCAUGCCCCCCACCUGGUGGUCCUUAUCCUGCCCCAACUGUGCCAGGCCCUGGCCCCACAGGGCCAUAUCCUACACCAAAUAUGCCCUUUCCAGAGCUUCCACGACCAUAUGGUGCACCCACUGAUCCAGCUGCAGCUGGUCCUUUAGGUCCAUGGGGAUCCAUGUCUUCUGGACCUUGGGCACCAGGAAUGGGAGGGCAGUAUCCUACCCCUAAUAUGCCAUACCCAUCUCCGGGGCCAUAUCCUGCACCUCCUCCCCAAGCACCAGGGGCAGCACCACCUGUUCCAUGGGGCACUGUUCCACCAGGAGCUUGGGGACCACCAGCACCGUAUCCUGCCCCUGCAGGAUCAUAUCCCACACCCGGACUCUAUCCCACUCCCAGUAAUCCUUUUCAAGUGCCUUCAGGACCUUCCGGUGCUCCACCAAUGCCUGGUGGCCCCCAUUCUUACCAUUAAGUUAACAGUGGAUGAAGAGAUGACGCUUUGCUUUUUGAAGUACAUAUAUAUGCACACGAAUGCAUAUAUAAAAAUUGCUGGUUUCACUAUUCUUAGAGGGCAUUCAUGAAAGAACAACUCUUGCACCUCUCAGAAGAUAUCUGCCUCUUGUACUUGGAUGUAUAGUAUAUCAGAUGGAUACAAUCAGAUAAAAAUGUAAAUCAAAUGUGAUUUUUAUUCGGUUUUUAUGGAAAGUUAAAGUAAUUAUAUUAACUAGCUCUUUGAUACAAUUUGUUUAAAACGAAUUUUGGAUCUGUUUAAAUUAUGAAACUACAUAUUUAAAAAUCUUAAGAUGAUGUGGAUUGUUAGAAUCUGCAACCUUAUUGGCAAAUUAUUUCAAAUAUUUUUCUAUAAUCACUUUUCCCCCUAAACACACUUUGAAAACAUUCAUAUUGUUGUAAUUUAAACAAAUGAUGAUGCCUCAAAGAUCUCGAGCUGCUCUAUAGGAUAAAUAAGUCUGAUCCUCUUGUUUUGGAUAUACAUUUUAAAAGUAAUUACUGUCAGAUGUUGAGUUCAUUAGCCUGGCAGUGUUCGUUUUUAUCCUGGAGAUUUUGGUAAAAAUGUUUCUUUUUGAGUUCAACCUGAUUUGUUUUAUUUUUAACCAAAUGGGUCAUACAGCUCUAAAAUCUGCCAUUUAUGGAAACCUUUUUCUUUUUAAUGCAGGCCAAUAUGUAUGUAAAUUAUGUUCUUAGAGAAUUGGUGAUCUCUUUGUAUUGCUUUAGAAUAGAUUAUGAGAUGUCCAUAUUGCUUUGGGAAGAGCUCAAGGAAGGUAAAUAAUUCUCUCCUUUGUCUUGAACCCCAAACUAGAGGAAACCCUAGGAGUUGCUUCAUAGUGACAAGUAAUUUGCAUUCCCACAAAACACUCUUCCACCCAGACUCUUCCGUGUAGCUCCCUCUCCCUCACUUCUUUAGGAACAUAUCCCUUAAUUCGUCCGUGAUACAGAAAACUGGCACACUAGGGGUCUAUCAUAAACACAUAUAGCAGUAGAGAACUUUAGUCACACAGGCAUAACUGUUCAUUCUGUACAAGUGAGGUCAAAAUAUUUAUCUAUCUUUCAGAGUCCAGUUACGCUGUCAUGUCUUCUUGCACAGUUCCCUGGAUCUGUAAAGUGCUUAUGGCUAACAGUUCAGUUCUGUAUUUGUUGACAGGCAAAUAGGUAGAAUUAAAUGCCAUCCUUAAAAAUUGUCCUCUAGCUCAAACGCUGAAAAUAAUAAUAAAGUGUAGAUCUCUGCAAUUGAAUUUAAAGAAGUGUGAUUGUAUUACUUAAAUUUUGUUUGUAACCACUAAAAUAGCCCGUGUAAUUUUUUGGCUCCUUAUCUUUAAAUCAGAUUCUUAGAUUUGGGAUAGAACUGACCACAUUAUUUGUGAAAUAACAUUUUGAAACUUUGAAUAUAUCCAUUGGGUUACUUAAAAUGUGUUGUGAAUUUCUUGACCAGUAUAGGAGAGAUUUAUGCUGGAGCUCUUGUUUUUGCUUAGAAAUAAAAUAUAUAGUGGUUUAUUUUUCUUAUAGUUAAAAUGUCAAGAAUGCCAAAUGCUGCCAAUUUAAUCGUUUGAUAGCUACCUCCUUUUAAGAAAGCAAGAUGGCCACCUUUGAGAGGAACAUCCCUUUUAUGUAGAUGAUAGUCAAGCUUUGAUCAUUGAAACUAAUUUGUUUAGAUAUUUUGCAUACUGGUGAAUGUUGUUAGACAGCUCUUACAUAGUGGCACAAGUGGUCUUUUAUUCACUCCCUUGCAAGGACAAGUGGCAGCUAUCUACAACACUUUAGAAUCUGUCAUCCAAGUAGCCUCCAGUUAUCCAAGGCAGAUAGCAUUGGAAACUGUCAUAAAUUAUCAGUCAUCGUGUCAGCUAAUUCUGGAGGGAUAAGAUGAUAGGAAAAGUGAGAUAGCAAAGAUCUCCUUGUGGUUAUUUUGGUUGUGCUUCAUUGGGAUAAGUUGACAACUCUGGCUUUAGAUGCAUUAUAGUUAAAAUGUCAAGACAUAACACUAGAAAAGAAGGUUUGACUAAAAGAAAAGGUAGCAAGUUUAGGAAUCUGUAUAGUGGUGUCCAUUUAUUAUUGAAGAAAAUCUUUUGCUUAAAGGAUUUGCAGGACCAUAAACAAGAUUUGGAAUUGCUGUUCCCAGUAAAUAUAUCAACUUUGCUAGUGACCCAUACUGCUCAGUGUGCUCUAGACAGUACUGCUAUUUUAACCUUUGCUUUUCAAGGACUUUCCAGCUGGUAUUGGGAAUUUUUUUUUUUAACAUAAGAAUUGAAAGCAAAGGGAACAGAAUUUGCUUUUAUAUUUGUAAUUCUUUAGAGCAUCAUUUCUCAGAGGAGAAGGAUCUUAAUCCUCCUGGGUACUCUGGGGCAAAAGUAUUUUUAGAUUGAGGGGUGGAAUUAAGAAUAUCAGAAGUUUCAGUCGAGGAAUGGGGAAAGCAUGCAUCUAAGGAAGAUUUUUUUCUCUAUACAAGGGAGUAAUUUGCUUUCAAAAUAAGUCAUGCUAGGCUAAGAUCAGUUUAUGGAAGACCUCAUUACAAAGUAUGUUUGGUCUUAAGGAAAUAUGAAAUGUGGAAUAUGCUGGCAUUUGGACUUUCACAGCAAGAAUUUUAAAAUAAAUUUGAUAGAGAUAGUUGAGAUAUGUUGAGGAAUAGUGCUUUUGGAGUUAGAAUGUUAGACUUUGAAAUGUUCAACCCAAAAAUGACAACGAAGAAUUAAAAUAUAGACCUUAGUUCCUCAUUCACACACUUGAUUCUCAAGAGUCAAGGCUCCUUAAAGGAGUAUUUAAAAUACCUUGGCUUGUCUUUACUAGUCACUGCCUGACAUCUUGUCAUGCUUUGAAGGUGACUAUCGACAACCCUGACUCCACAGCCCUGUUUUGUUUAAAGUGAUAUAUUGAUUAUUUAGGAAUAGACAUUUUUUAAUUACCCAAGGGCAUCCUUUUUUCUUUGUUCAUUUUGUUGUUUAUUGUUUUCAGGAGAAAAUAAUAAAUAAUAGAGUAGAAAAGAAAAGGGAUAAAUAUUUGGCCUUGGUGUGUCACACCACUACAAUGGAAUAUUGGAAUAUUUUCUACAAAAGGAAGUCAGUUGUGCCCAUGAUAAUUUACCUCAUAAAUAAUCAGUGCUACCUAUAUGUACUCAGAUGUAUAGCUUUUGAAACUGUGUAGAUGAACAUAGCUCUGCUCAGUUUCAAUUAAAAUACUGUUCCCAGUUUGCAUUAUUGAUCAGUUGCUAUACUUCUAAAUAAUUAGUGCUAUGUCUUCCUUCCUCACCUGAAUAAUCUAGUGCUAACUUUAUAAAAUGCAAGGGUUAUAAACCCUGGAAAUUAAACCUAAGCACAGAGAGUUAAAGUUUUUGAAAAGCAGAAGGCUAAAUUGAGAUGAAUCACACUGAUGCACUGCACUAUGCAUAGAAAGUGGUGGGUGGCUUUCAGGGAAGACUAUAAUUUAAUCUUAAUAGAGCAAUAUGUAGUACUGAAGACAGCCACUGUUCUUUUUAUUUUCAGAAUUCUGCCAAGAAAAACAAAAAUUGCCGAUAAAAUAAUCAGUGUUAAAGAAAUGUCAUGCAGUCUUUUGGCUGUAGACUACAUCUGAGAAUUGCAUUUAAUCAACAGACACUUAAGUUUCUGUGAUCCAGGUGCUUUAUUCAGAUGCCAGAAAUAUAGAGAUACAGAGAUAAAGAGAAUGCCUGUCUUUGGGAGGCUCACAGUCUAGGGGUGGCAUUACAGAAUUCAUUAGUAUACCCAUGAUUAGUUUACAUAGAUAAACAUUUUGGUAUUGCUGCUGGUAGAAAGUAUUGACCAGCCUUUGGGCAUUUUAAAGAGCAAAGUAUGGUAUACCUUUUUCUUAAGUAAGAAAUUAAUGUGUUACAAGAUUGUAGUUUUGUUCGUGCAACUUUUCAAGUAUGCAAAGUAAUGGGAUGUUUUUCCCCUUCACUUUUCCCCUGGUAAAGGCACUUGCACUGCCUGUCACUGAUUAGCAGAUACUGAUUUGUUGCCAUUAAGUAAACUUGACUUCUGUGUGCUCUGUAAAGGUUUUUUGUAUUUUUUUCUUGAUAUUGUGAUUUUUUUCAUUGACAGUAAUGACAAAUUUAAUGUAUGUAAUUGUCUAUGCAUUUUAAGUUAAACUGCCUAAAAUGUGAUUUGAGACAUAUACAUUUUUUUGUAUUAUGAACUGUAAGCAAUCUGUUUGAGACGUUAGGUUUUAUCACCUGCUGCUGUAUUUGUAAACAAAGACAAAUGUUGCUUUAAGAAGUAAUUAUAAUUAGGAAUAGUCUAUGGAUGUAAUACUUGAUAUUUUUUAAGAUAAACUUGUUUGCUUUUGUGUAUUAUACCUGAAAACUUUUUUAAAAAAUGUAUUUUCAUGGUUUCACAGUU